AUGCCAUUGGCCCUGGACAUGGGGAGCACGGGCAAAGGUCAAAUUUGGAUAAACGGGCAGAGCAUCGGUCGAUAUUGGCCAGCAUAUAAAGCCUCUGGAAGUUGUGGUCGGUGUGAUUAUGCAGGAACAUACGGUGAGAAAAAGUGCUUGAGCAAUUGUGGGGAAGCUUCACAGAGAUGGUAUCAUGUUCCUCGUUCGUGGCUCAACCCAACAGGCAACUUGCUGGUUGUUUUCGAGGAGUGGGGUGGGGACCCGAACGGGAUUUCCCUUGUGAGGAGAGACAUAGACAGCGUGUUUGUGCAGACAUUUAGGUGGCAUAUUUCCCUGUCUUUCGGUUUAAGAGAAGUUAGCAAAGCUUUUCCCUCAUUGCAGCUCUGCUACUGCCAGUCUUCAUUCAUCAGCAGUAGACCAGUGAAGUUGCCUGAGGGUCAGUAG